GCAACACGUAAACACGUGACGUCAGUGGUCCUGUGACAGUGUAUAACCCGGUAGGCCUAUAUGUGUUAAGUAAAUGAUUCUAUAAAUAUAUACAACUACCCAGUCGCCAUUACACAGGUAUAACAGGACUUCAAUCACAGGCAGUGAGUGCGACAGCAAAAAUGGAGCAAGCUAAAAUGAACAGGGAGUCUCAGGACGGAGACAUCGGCUGCUGUGGAUAUGUCCUCAUGUUUUUCUCCAUCUGUGUGGUCGUCUUAUUUUUCCCGUUUUCACUCUGCAUGACCAUCAAGGUGGUGCAGGAAUAUGAGAGAGCUGUCAUCUUCAGACUCGGUCGAGUGGUGUCUGGCGGAGCCAAGGGGCCAGGUCUUUUCUUCGUGUACCCAUGUAUUGAUGAGUUCAAGAAAGUGGACAUGAGAACCAUAGCUUUUGAUGUGCCUCCACAGGAAAUUUUGUCGAAGGAUUCGGUUACCGUGUCCGUGGAUGCUGUAAUCUACUGUAACAUCUUUGACGCUGUCAUGUCCGUGUGUAACGUUGAGGACGCCUUCCAGUCCACUAAGUUACUGGCGUCCACCACCCUGAGGAACGUCCUCGGCACUAAGAACAUGUCCGAGAUGCUGACGGACAGAGAUGCUAUUUCCUUUCAGAUGAAGCAAAUUCUGGACGAAUCCACUGAUCCCUGGGGAGUGAAGGUUGACCGUGUGGAAAUCAAAGAUGUGCGCCUGCCUCAUCAGUUACAAAGGGCAAUGGCUGCUGAGGCUGAAGCAUCCCGUGAGGCGAGAGCUAAGGUAUUGGCUGCUGAAGGAGAACAAAAGGCAUCUCGAGCCCUGAAGGAAGCGGCUGACAUCUUGUCUGAGGCUCCGGCUGCUGUCCAGCUCCGUUACCUACAGACUCUCAACACCAUCGCAGCCGAGAAAAACUCCACCAUCAUAUUCCCUCUACCCAUCGAUCUCCUUCAGUCAUUGGUCAAGAGAUAAAUGUUACCAUGCCAAUAAAAUGGCUGUCUAGCGACUUAAGGAGAGUGAUGAAGGAGACCAAAAUAAUGACAUAGACUUAUAGCCAGAGAGUCCAGACAAAAGCUUUUUUUAAUUGAAAAAAACCCAUCAUGUUUUAAUGUUUUUCAAGAUGAUGAAAAUUAUGAUUUUACAAACUCAUUGAAGUUUUUAAAUACAAAUUCAUCUUUUCAGAAUAUAGCUUUAACAAUGCUUUUAAAAAUAUAAACAAUGUUGUAGAGAAAAUGAUAUUUAUUGGUGGAAAAGCACCUUAAUUAUGUCAAGUUGAUAUCAAUAUGAACUGUAUAUUUUGUAAGAGGUUAAAGGUUAAUGUGAUAAAGGUUUGAAUUUGGACAUUAUCCAAAUGACAGGUCAUAUGAUUCUCCAUACAAUCGGGAUAUUCUAAGGAGGAUAUGCUUCAGUGGCAAUUAGGAAUUAUAAUACCCACGGCAGUAGCAUGAUAUUCUAUUUACUAUUAUUUUGGUAAACCAAGAGAAUGAACCGUUCUCUCACGUCUCGCCAUUGUGAAAAAUAUUUCUACAUUCCUACUGUGAUCAAUCAAAAUCAGGCAUCUGGUUCAGAUGUUCUCAGCCUGGGAUUGAAACCUUAUUUUCAGAGUUUUCUCUAUUAUAUUGAACAAGGCCAUUUAAAUCAUAUUCUUCUUACCAUGACAAGUUUAUUUCAUAGAAGGGUAUAGAGCAGUACCUGUUUUAUACAAACUGUGUAUAUACACUGUACCUAUAUAUGUGUUUAGAUGGAUAACUUCAGUACCUAUGGGGUUCUAUCUAGGUUAGCACUACUCUGCUGCUUCAGUUAUCAUUUUAAUUUUCUUUAAGUGUUUUCAAAUACUGCCUAAUGUUUAAAAUGAACUUCCACAAAUUUUGUAUUUUUUUAUCAUAAAUAUUUGACUGAUCGUGAAGUGCUAUGGAUAUUUUUGGCAGACAAGACUAAGUUUAAAUUUUGAGCCAUCUGAAGCAGCAGAUGAUCACAGUGUGCUUUUAUAGCAUUGUACAUAGUACUAGUAAUGUACCUGUUUGUGAAACUAAAUAUUAUAUUUCUUUUGUGAUGAAACCCAACAGAUAUUUUUCAUAAUUUAUAAGAAAUGUUGUAGUUUGGUAUUUUGCUAUGGUCAGUGAUAGAUAAUUUAAGGUAACAAGGAUUCUAUUAUGCAAUGAGUCUAAAUAUCAGCACACCUGUAUGAGCCCAUCCAAGUCUUGGAUUUUGUCCCAGUACAUGGUUCAGGGAUGUACAAUUCUAUAUUUCGAGUACUAGCCUGCAGGCAGAUUUUGCAAAGUUAUUCUAGCCCAAAAUGUAUUUUCAUAGUAAUAUUGAAAAUGUUUACAAGCCUCCACAUCACAGUUACUAGCCCCGGGCGUUGGGCCAGUUACUAGCCCCGGGCGUUGAGCUAGUGGAAUUGUACCCCUGUAGUUGCACGGAGUCUAUGUUGAAAACACCACAGUUGCCUUAAGAAAUAUUGCACUACAUUUCUGUUUCCUUUGUAAAGGAGGUAAAAUUUAAGUUGACAUUCAAAAUUAUGAGAACAAGAUUCCUUUGAAAUGAAUAUGAUUUCAAAUAUGAAACAUGUUUUAUUGCCAAAGAAAUUCAAAUGAAGAAGUUUCAAUUUGUUGUUUUUAUCGAUAUUUCACUUGCAUAUUCGAAGAAUACGAGGGGGCUUACGUAGUUACCAAAGCAUUGAUGUCUAAUCUGGUUAAAGUUUAAGGUGUAUGUGUUGAAAUUAACUGAUGUAACUAUUUGAUAUGAAGGUUCCAUAUGGUCCCCGCAUUGAUGCAAUGCAGUCAAAAUAAAAAAAUAUCUUCUUCAAAGUUUUGGGCAUAACUAAUUUUGGUGCAAGUUUCAAAAUUUACUAUUAAUAGUAUCAUUCUGUAUUUCUAUUUAAGAUUGCUGAUAUCUUGCGUGGAGGUUCCCAAGGAGUCAUACAUUGUUGCACGGAAGUCAAAUCAGAACUCCACUUUUUGUUUUUAAUAUUCUUCGAACAGGCAAGCCAUGUUGUUUUUCAACAGUGCCUGUCAAACAUAACCUCCGUACAAAUGUUGUUUAUGUAUUAUCAAAUCUUUUUCAAAGAAUGAUACAAGAACCUGAUUUUCUGGUACAUGUACAUGUAAACACUGUAUUUCUAGAAGUGUAUCACAUCAAUGUAAUUUGAUCAGUACCUACAUGUAUAUUGUUCUAAUUAUGUACUUGUAAAUAUAUCACUGUAAGUACCUAUCAUUGUCAAUAAAAGACAGGAAACUUGCAAAAG